GGGAUGCUGUCGGGAAGAGCCGACAUUCCCGUUUGGAAGCGCUCCGGUCCCGGCCGGGCUGCGGAGAGGCCGAAGAUUCCCGACUUCGGGAACGUUUCGCUUCCCGUUUUCCCCCCCUCUGGAAUCCCGUGGUCGGCGCAGGUCGCCGAGCGGGGCUUAGGAUGCAUCCCCACCACCACCAGCGCAUGGCUGCCUUAGGGACGGACAAAGAGCUCAGCGAUCUCUUGGAUUUCAGUGCGAUGUUCUCCCCCCCGGUGAGCAGUGGGAAGAACGGACCAACUUCCUUGGCAAGCGGACACUUCUCCGGCUCCAAUGUGGAAGAGCGAACGGGCUCCGGGGCCUGGAGCAGCACAGGACAUCCCAGCCCAUCCCGGAACUAUGGAGACGGGAAUCCCUAUGACAUGACCAGCAACCUCUCGCCUCCCUUUGGCAACUCCCGGCUACAAAGUAAAGCCGAGCGAGGAUCCUAUGCAUCCUAUGGGAGAGAGGCCAACCUGCAGGGAUGCCACCAGCAAAGCCUCUUGGGAAGCGCCAUGGAGCUGGGCAAUCCCGGAACGCUGUCUCCCACCAAAGCCGGCUCCCAGUAUUACCAGUAUUCCAGCAAUAAUCCCCGACGGAGAGGCAUCCAUAACGCUUCCAUGGAAGUGCAGAGCAAGAAAGUUCGGAAAGUUCCGCCGGGAUUGCCCUCAUCCGUUUACGCCCCAUCCGCGAGCACUGCCGACUACAACCGGGAUUCUCCCGGUUUUCCAUCCUCCAAACCGGGCGCCAGCACUUUUCCAAGCUCCUUCUUCAUGCAAGAUGGCCACCACAGCGGUGAUCCAUGGAGCUCUUCCAGUGGGAUGAACCAGUCCGGCUAUGGGGGAAUGCUGGGAAACUCUUCCCAUCUCCCACAAUCCAGCAGUUACUGCAGCCUGCAUCCGCACGAGCGCUUGAGCUUCCCAUCCCAUUCCUCGGGGGAGCUCAAUUCCAGCCUGCCCCCGAUGUCCACCUUCCAUAGGGGCACCAGUGGACACUACAGCACCUCCUCCUGCACCCCCCCGGCCAACGGCACCGACCCCAUCAUGGCCAACAGAGGGAAUGGGGCAGCCGGAAGCUCCCAGACUGGGGAUGCCCUUGGGAAAGCGCUCGCAUCCAUCUACUCUCCAGAGCCCACCACCACCAGCUUCCCAUCCACUCCUUCAACUCCUGUUGGCUCUCCCCCUUCUCUCGCAGCAGGCCCAGCUGUAUGGUCUAGGAAUGGAGGCCAAGCAUCAGCAUCUCCCACUUAUGAAGGUCCCUUACACUCCUUGCAGCAAAGCCGGAUCGAGGACCGCUUGGAAAGGUUGGAUGAUGCCAUCCACGUCCUAAGGAAUCACGCUGUGGGGCCGGCCCCAUCCCUGCCCCAUAGCGACAUGCACGGCUUGAUAGGAGCCGCUCCCAACGGAUCCAUGCCGGGAUUGGCUUCGGGAUACGGAUCCGGGAUCCUCGCGGCCAAUAGGCACUCGUUGAUGGUCGGAUCCCAUCGGGAAGAGGGCGUCGGAAUCCGAGGGAGCCAUUCGCUGGUCCCCAACCAGGUCCCUGUUCCCCAACUUCCCGUCCAAUCUUCCACGUCUCCGGAAUUGAAUCCCCCCCAGGAUCCCUAUCGGGGAAUUCCCAGCGCUCUCCAAGGCCAAAGCGUCUCGUCGGGAAGCUCGGAGCUGAAAUCCGAUGAGGAAGGCGAUGAGAACAUCCAAGAUUCCAAAGCUCUGGAAGACAAGAAGCUGGAGGAGGACAAGAAGGAGCUCAAAUCCAUUACUAGGUCAAGAUCUAGCACCAACGACGACGAGGACCUGACCCCGGAGCAGAAGGCGGAGCGGGAGAAGGAGCGGCGCAUGGCCAACAACGCCCGCGAGCGGCUGCGCGUGCGCGACAUCAACGAGGCCUUCAAGGAGCUGGGCCGGAUGGUGCAGCUGCACCUCAAGAGCGACAAGCCCCAGACCAAGCUGCUCAUCCUGCACCAGGCCGUGGCCGUCAUCCUCAGCCUGGAGCAGCAAGUGAGGGAGAGGAACCUGAACCCCAAGGCCGCCUGCCUCAAGAGACGGGAAGAGGAGAAGGUCUCCUCGGAUCCCCCUCCGCUCUCCCUGGCCGGGCCCCAUCCUGGUAUGGGGGAUGCAGCCAAUCACAUGGGACAGAUGUAAAAAGGUCCACGUUGCCCCAUUGACGCAAGAACCCACUUCCUUAAGAGCUGUAUCCCGAUCCCAAAUCCCAUUAUUCCCACUUUUCCUCCCCUUUUCCCUAUGGUAACCUGAGACAAGUCUGAGUGGUCCGAGCAGCCCAGACGCACGCUUCCGCCCAGCAUUCCCGACGGCCGGAAUGCCGACGCCUUGCCUAUGGGACCGCGGUGUGUAAGGAUUCCAAUGGCUUGGAAUUCCGACGGCUCCUUGGAAUUCCACACUGUGGGACAAUUGCAGCUCUCUUCUUUGUGCCUAAAUCCCGGUUGGG